AUGCUCCAACAAACAGCCAUAUUAUGUAUGAUAGUAAGUGUAAUCAAUGGUCAGUUUAUCAGCCCUUCAAAAUGGCCAAGUAACGCGAAUAGGAAUCGCCGAGACUUGAUAACAAAUCUACCUGGCCUAACGUUUCAACCCAAUUUUGACAGUUUUUCCGGGUAUCUGCGAGGUGUUCAAGGUCAUAACUUGCAUUAUUGGUAUGUUUUAAAUAACAUAAUGAUCAAGAUUUUUAACUUUAAAAAUUAAAAAAAUAUUUUUUAAACAUUGGUUUGGUUUAAACAUUGAGGUAAACAUUAAGUACGUUAGAUCUGAUAAUGAAGCUGGAUUUUAGGCUAGUAGAAUCUCAGAAUGACCCGGUUAGAGAUCCUCUAAUGUUCUGGUAAGAUUUAUGUCAGUUUUAUAUUUUUUAAAUAUUGUUGACUGUCGUUACAAACUAUCUCGUUAUAAAAGCCGCUUACAAGGACAGUACCCAACCUGCCGCACUCUUAAUUUUUAUAUGAAUCCUUCGUACCACCAAAUAAUACCCAAAAAAAAGUUUUGAACUCCCGCUUUCGAGUGUUAAAUUUUAAAAGUUUGGGUUUUUUCACCAAUUUCACAAAUUUGGCAUUGUGUUUCAAACACUUUUUUCGAUUUUUCAGAUAAGCUACACUUAAAAAUUUAGGUUUAUUUUUAAAGCUUUUCUACUAGUAUAUUAAAGAAAAAUGGCUAAAAAUUUUUAAAGAAAUCAAAUUAUAGCUUGAAACACAAUGCCAAUUUGGCGGGAAAUUCAAAACGUAUUGUUUUGAUUUUCUCGAGAUUGACUGUAAAGCGCAACUUAUUACUUUCUUAAAAGGCUUAUAUUUGCAUGAUCUUUUAUAAAAAGCUUGAAGUCAAUCAGAGCGGGGCAGGUCAGACAUUUUCCUUGUUAAUACAAUUUUUUAAAGCUAUCUUUCAUUUUACAUAUAAGCCUAUAAACCAACCCUUAAAUAUAAUAAAUUAAAAACAGGUUUAACGGUGGGCCAGGCUGCUCAUCAUUGGCUGGCCUACUCCAAGAAAUGGGGCCAUAUGUUGUCGACUCUGAUGGUAUUCGACUGAAAAUGAAUCCAAACUCUUGGAAUCGUGUAAGCAAAUCUACUGUUUUGUAUUUUAAACUGUGAUUUACUUUUUUAAAAGUUUUAAAUUUUGAUUCUAAGACUAAUAUUUAAUUAAGUUUGCCAAUAUUGUUUAUUUGGAAUGUCCUGCUGGUGUUGGGUUUUCCUACUCACCUGAUCAUAAGAUGAGGACGAGUGAUGAGUUGGUAAGUUACAAACUUUGAUAGGAAUUUUAAUAACUAUUUUUGACAAAAGUAUUAAAUUGUUUAAAUAAUUCUGUGCAUCCUUUCAAAGCAAAUGUUUGGAGUUGUUAGGCACAGAAUUAUUUAAACAACCUGACAUAUUCUACGCAAUUGUGUUACCACUGGCUAAUCACUAAUCGUAUUUUACACUAAAGUUAACUGAUGACAUUUUUCAGACAGCUCAAAGCAACUACGCAGCUCUGAAACACUUCUUUGCUAUUCAUCCAAACUUUAGACAACAUAAAGUGUUUCUGUUUGGAGAAAGCUAUGGAGCAGUGUACGUUAGUCUACUAGGAAAGCUCAUAGUACAAGGAAGAAAAGGCUUUUCUGUUAACUUAGAGGUAGGUAUUAUAAGUUUAUUUCUUAGUGUUUUCUGUAAUAAGAGUUUAAUUACGGUAUUUCAGGCCCAGCCCGUUUAAUUUUUUUUUCAAUUUGGCACGGGCUGAUCAAAAAAUUUAGGGUCUGCCUGGUCUAGCCCAAUUUUUGGGGUACUUAACAAUUUUGUUUUUUAAUUUUUAUUUUGGGCUUACUUUCCUAGCCUGCAGGCCGGACUCAACUUUUAGGUCCGGUUUGUUUUAGCUUUAGCUAAAUGCCAAGCCGAGUCUACACAGCCCGUUUCUUAUCCCUAAGUUUCAUUUAAGUACUGUUACUUAACUAUAGUAGCUAAUUCUAAAUUAAUUUCUAGGGAAUCGCAAUUGGAAACGGAGAAAUCGACCAGCAAUUGGCUGAAGAGUCGAUGUACUCGUUUGCUCAUGAAAAUGGUUUGAUACCUUCGGGGCAUUUUAGGCUUAUGGUUCAGGUAGAGUGAAGCAUUUUUUAAGACUUAACUUUUUCAAGCAAAAAUUUUGUUUAUAUAAUAAGUUAGGUUUUUCAAUAAUUAUAUUAGGUAGUUCAAUUAAUUCUGUGCUUUCUAAUUCUAAAAAUAUGCUUUGAGAAGGAGCGCAGAAUUAUUUGAACAAAUAUAUUAUUUCAUUUGUUGUUGAGUUCACUUGAAAUUAGUUCUAAAAGCUGAAAUAUAUAUAUAAUUCAACUUUUUGUUAUGACUUUUCAUUGUUACAUUUUACUGUUGACGUUGCCAGACGAUUAUUGACAUUUAGUGAAGUAAAGAAAGCUAAAACAUUACUUAAUGUUUAAAGGUAUGUUGUAAAGGCCGCAUUACUGGUUGUGUUUUCGAUAAAGUGGCCAGAUCAUGUAGGACACUGAUGAAUCAAAUCGAUGAUCUACUUGACCAGAUCAACGUUUAUGACAUUUUUAGUGAAUGUGUCGAUGAGUCACACAAAAUUAAUGUGAGUUUUAUUUAUUAAUGUCUUGUCAUAAGUAUUCUAUCACUUACACUAUGUAUUAUUGUUUUAAAAUGACUUUAUUUAUAUUAUUAUUGUCAAUGUGCUUUCCUUGUUUUGAACGAAGGGUAGUGAGAGAACUCAGCCGAAGCCUAUAAAGGGAAUUGAACUUUUUGAAACUUAACAUAUAUUGUUCAUAAACUUAUAAUUUUUUACAGAAAAUGACAUUUCAGGCUCACAUGACAGCACGAGAAAUCCAGCCAGUAAAAUGUGUAGCUGGUGCUGCUAUCACAACAUACUUGAAUAGGAAAGACGUUCAAAAUGCUCUUCAUAUUCCUUCUGAAUUUGGCAAAAAGUGGCUUUUAUGCAGGUAAUUUACCUUACAGUAGACAAUCGUUAGAAAAAAAACAUAAGACCGGGUGUUAAAAAAGUAAAAAAGGUCUUCUUUUACUAUAACAAGAUGCUUUUAUUGCAAACGCUUGCUAUAGUAAACGUUUCAUAAGAAAACAUGUUCUUUGGUACUAAGCUGACAGUUCACUACUAUAUGAGCUUAAUUUUUUGUAAUUUAUAGUUUACUGUCAAUUUAAAAUAACAUUUUUGUUUAGCGAUGACUUAAAAUAUCGAGAACAAAACCCAGACCUCACAGACGUCAUAAAGGCUUUGCUACUGAACAAUGUUAGGAUGUUGUUGUACUACGGCGAUGCUGGUAAGUGUAGAGUCUAUAUUAUUUGAAAAUAAACAAUUUUUCAUAUUUAACAUGUGUAUCAGGUCAUAAAAUAUGUAUAAAAUUACCUUAAAGUAGCUUCAGCCAUGUUUUUAUGUUAACUAUCGAAUUAUUAGCUAAAUUACUACAAUGCAAUGAAUAGUAUGAAUAUCUGUGAAAUACUAUAGCUUUUAGUUGACUAACUUUACAAAGGUCUGUUUCAGAUAUUGUAGUAAAUUACCGUGUAGGCGAAAAGUUUUCCGCCGAGCUAGGUCUUCCAGUAAUCGAGGAGAGAAAACGCUGGAGAACAAAUGGCCAGAUCUCCGGUUCAAAGACCACCUACUCACCUGGCCUGACAUUUUUGACCAUUUGGGGUGCCGGACACAUGGCUCCACAAUGGCGUCCACAGGAAACAGCGUAUGCUGUUAGGCAAUGGCUCAAAAACGCUACGAUAUAA